UUCCUCUCAGAUUCAGUAGCUAAAGAUGAAGGGGAAGUUUAUAAGAGCAUGUGCAAACAAAUGGAGGAAGCUAGGGAGCAAAGUGGUGCCUUGUACACCCUGCGAGCACUGUUGCCAAUGGGUUCUGUGGUCUCCUUUGCACGAGGAUUGCUUCAUUCCACGAGAUGUCCCAAAGGGUCACUUGGUUGUUUAUGUGGGUGAGAAUUACAGAAGAUUUGUGAUCAAAAUUAGUCUUCUGAAUCACCCUUUGUUCAAGGCAUUGCUGGAUCAAGCACAAGAUGAGUUUGAUUUCACUUCUAACUCAAAACUCUGCAUUCCUUGUGAUGAGAACCUUUUCCUUAGUGUUGUCCACCGUGCUAGCUCGUUGUGCUAGCUCGCCGUGCUAAUGAGCUAGCUCGUCGUAUAACCGACAAGUCCCUCUCUGUGUUUGAAGAUAGGUUGCUGUCGAAUUUGAUUUAUUUUGGAAGCUUUGGAACCUCUUUGAGAAUGCUGAUAUGUAUGUAGCCAUGAUUUGUUGUAUACUAAUGUAACUUGAUUAAGAGCUAGUGAAUCCUUGCCACUUGGGGAUCCAAUGAUCUUUCAUGACUACUGACUGUUGGCCCAAUUUCCUAGCAAUAGAUCUCGCCACAUCUCGCACGUACCAUAGUU